AUGUUAACGUAAAUAAAAAAACUUGCAUCGCAUGUGUUUUAGAAAAUUAUAUAUUUCUUUGUUGAUUUUCAAAAAUUUGUUUAAUUACAACGCGGCUAAUUUUUAGAUUCAUUGAAUGAUUAAGAAUAAAGAAUUCUUUAUCGAUUUAAAUUUAUUUUGUGUAAAUAGUGGAAGUUAUAAGAAAUUACAUGAUUAGAAGAAACGCGGGGGGAAUUAAUUUAUUGGCGAUAAAAUAUUACUGGCUUGUUUCUUCAUUUAGAUUUUUUUCCUUGAAAAAUGCACGCAUUCCGAUAUUUUGUCUUAAAUCAUGUCACUAAGUAUUUUUAUAGGAAUUCUUCAUCUACUGCGAAAAAUAUUCCUUUGGUAAAAGUUGUAAGUGACAAGGAGGGUAUAAGAGUUUUCUUUACAUAUUUUGAUCAUCACUUUAAACUCGAAAGACCAAAGGAUGAAAAAGUAGAAGAAACAUUGACUCGCAUUAAGCUGAAAGCAGAACUUCAUCAUAAAAAAGAAAUUAUUAGACAAUACUAUUCUGCUAGCGGUAGAAGUAUACAAAAUGAUAUCUCUAAAGAAAUAGACGUCUCUUUAAUGCAAAAAGAUUCCGUAGUUGAUUGUAAUAUGCCUAAUAUUGAAGCAUGGUCUCGAGCUUCAGCAUUGAAUAUUGGCGAUAUUGUUUAUGAAGUCAGUUACAAUCCUCCUACUGUUAAAAACUUAAAUUUACCGGAAUACAUUUUAUCUGGGUGUGCAAUACGACCUCAUUUUAUUUUUGAAUGUGCCUCUCUACAAGAAUCUACCUUUACAUGGUAUCGUUCCACAGAAGCAAAUUCUAUUAAUCAGUUAAUAGAUAAUGAUGUUAUUGAGGAAAAUGGAAAGUAUUGGAAAAAAAUUCAUGAAGGUUAUAUCUACUUCACAUGUACUGAGGAUGUUGGUUGUUAUUUGAAGGUUGUUUGCACUCCAGUGCAAGAUGGUCGAAGGGGUCUGGAAUCAUCUGUUGAAUCUAAGACAGUUGUUGAAGUUGCACCUGAUAAGUUUCCAUUUGAAGAAAGGCAAGAGAACACAAAUUGCUUUUGUGAAGAUGACAGCAUCCGAUGUCUUACCUACAAUGUUUUAGCAAAGAUGUAUGUUGAAGAAAAUAAGUUUCCAUAUUCUUCAAAGAAAGCAAGAGAUACUUAUUAUCGAAAGCAAAUAUUAUUGAAAGAAUUAAUAGGGUAUAAAAGUGAUAUAAUUUGUUUGCAAGAAGUUGAAGACAGAGUAUUUGAAAGAGAUCUUGAACCAAUUUUAAAUCUUAAAGGAUAUUCUGGUUAUUAUACUAAGAAAGGUGGUCACAGAUAUGAAGGAGUUGCAACCUUUUUCCAAACUUCUAAAUUCAGGUUUAAAAGAAAAUAUGAUAUUUUAUUAAACAGAAUAGUGAAAGAAAAACACAUUUAUGGUGAAUUAUUUAGUAAAGUUGCUGGAAAUCUGAAAGAUAUGAAUAAACUACUGUCACAAAAAUCUGUACUUCAGCUAUUGUUACUUGAACACAUUCAUCUACCAGGUUAUGAACUUUUGGUAGCUAAUACACAUUUAUAUUCAAAUAAAGAUAGUCCUGAAGUGAGACUUAUUCAAGCUGCUGUUUGUACUGCUUUUAUUGAGCAUACUGUAAAUAGAAAGAAUCUGCAAUCACCUGGGAUUAUAUUUUGUGGAGAUUUUAACAGCUUGCCCCAUUCCCCAACAUACAAUUUUUUAAUGUCUGGAAAAUAUGAAUGCAGUGCAAAUUGGAAUAGAAGCUCUGAUGCAAAUGGUGACACAGUACUUGAACAUAAUUUACGCUUAGAUAGUGCCUGUGGGACACCUGAAUAUACAAAUUACACUGCAGAAUUUAAAGGCUGUCUAGAUUACAUUUUUUAUAAUAAAGACAUUUUGAAAGUAACUGAUGUUGUACCAAUGCCAAGGCAUGAACAAGUCAUAGCUCAAAAAGCGUUACCAAGUGAAUAUUUUCCAUCUGAUCAUAUAGCUUUAAUAUGUACUAUGCAAUGGAAGAAAUCUUAGCAUUUUAAUAAAUUAUUAUUAUUAUUAAGUUGUUGUAUAUUUAUAU